GCAUCGCCUGCACUGAGAACCUCGCAGCAGCAUCCCAGCACAAACACCGCCGCUGCCCACACCAACCAGCGAUUUGUGUGGAGAUUUUAAUUCGAGGGAGAGUUUGCAUUGAGGUGAGAUGGCGCUGAUCGGCGGCAGCAAGGCGUUCGUGCAGGACGAGGAGAAGCAGCGGCUGCUGCUGGAGGAGCACACCGAGAAGCACUUCACGGCCAGCGAGGUGGUCCGGGACAUCAUCAUCGGCGUCUCCGACGGACUCACCGUGCCCUUCGCGCUCGCCGCGGGGCUCUCCGGCGCCAACGCCUCCUCCGCGCUCGUCCUCACCGCCGGGCUCGCGGAGGUCGCCGCCGGCGCCAUCUCCAUGGGGCUCGGAGGGUACCUGGCGGCGAAGAGCGAGGCGGACCACUACAACCGCGAGCUGCAGCGCGAGCAGGAGGAGAUCGACACCGUCCCCGACGUCGAGGCCGCCGAGAUCGCCGACAUCCUGUCGCAGUACGGGCUGGGCCCCGCGGAGUACGGCCCCGUGGUGGCCUCCCUCCGCGGCAACCCCGCGGCGUGGCUCGAGUUCAUGAUGAGGUUCGAGCUGGGGCUGGAGCGGCCCGAGCCCCGGCGCGCGCUGGUGAGCGCCGCCACCAUCGCGCUCUCCUACGUCGCCGGCGGGCUGGUGCCGCUGCUCCCCUACGUGUUCGUGCCGCGCGCGGGGCGCGCCAUGGCCGUCUCCGUCGCCGUCACGCUCGCCGCGCUGCUCUUCUUCGGCUUCGUCAAGGGCCGCUUCACCGGCGACCGCCCCUUCCUCAGCGCCCUCCAGACCACCGUCGUCGGCGCCCUCGCCUCCGCUGCCGCCUUCGCCAUGGCCAGGGCCGUGCAGUCCAUAUGAUCACUGCUACCGACAUGUAAAUGUGCAGGUGCAGCUAGCAAGAAAAAUAAGCGCAGCUAGCAAUGUACACGUACGUGGCUGGUAGCUGUGCAGAUGGCACCGUGUAUGUAUCCAGUGUAGCUGUCCUACUGCUGGUAGUGUAUUUUGUUUGCUCGUUGCGUCGUGUGGUGUUCAAGUGACGACGUGUUCUUGUAGUGUUGUGUUUGUAAGGAGAUGUGGAUUAUUUAGGGGCGAAAUCAAGUGCUGCUGGGCUUUUAAUUUGGAUUUGGAUGGAUUGUCAAUCCUGUUGCGGCAAAUGAAA